AAUUGUUGCUUUGCUGCUGCUGCUGCAAUAUAGCUAAACAAGCAAGCAAAAUAGCUGGUGCCCUGCACCAGCAUAAAGACGCAUACAUCCAGCCCAGCGACCGACGAUAAAAAAGUUCUGAAUGCUGUUUGUUCCAGUUAAUUUUGCUGCCACUCGUCGGUUUGAUCAUUUUACAAUUCAAGUGGAUUCCAAGAUCGGUUCUUAAUGGUUAAAUUUCUUAAAAUUUUACGAUUGGCCUGCUAGGAUAUUUUGGUGGUAAUUUUUUUCAUUUCAAAUUAAUUCAAGUGAGAAGAAAAUUGAUCUGCGCUUGCUGCGAUCGUCGAGUGAAAGAUAACGGUAAACACUGUCACCGGACAGGAGUGGAUUUUUUCGUUAGUGCUGCUUGUGAAAACGCUUUAACAGCUUUGUUCAUCCGUAAGAAACAGUACCAGUUCUUGAACGGAUAAUGGACCGAGCAGAAUAUUGACUUGGACACAAGAUUGUUUGGUUCCGGCAGCAGGCAAAGAGCAGUGAAACGAGAGAAAAAUCAGUUCGAAGAAGAGCCCGCAGAACAGCGAAGUUACUUUUCUGCAAUUCAUAAGAAAUAAGUGAUUCGUUUGAAAUAAAGAAAAAAUUUCCCGGCAGCUUAUAAGCGGGACCGGUGUUCGACCGACCGGGGGGCGCUGCACUGGCCGGUCGAAAGUAAAUACGUACGUUCCGUGUAAGAAGUUUUCUGGUGUCGGUUAAACAUGUGAAGUUGAACCAGCAGAAAUGUUCGUAUACGAAUAAUGAUGGACGAAUAGUAGUUUGAAUGGAAACGUGUAAUUGAAUGAAAAUUGCCCAACCAGAAUCGGAUCUAAUUUGCUGGAAGAGUGAAAUAAGAUGAUUCAGACUGAUUAUUCUUUCGACGAUUGUGUGAUCCGCGUGUGAACACGAUUCCGUGUGCCCGAGUGUAUGUGUACUGCAUAAAACACGUAACAUCUGUCAUCCAGCUUAAGUAGCAUCGUAAAAUUAUUACUAAGCAUCACCUCCCGUUCGCGCAUCACGCGUAUUAUUCGUAAACCGAAAGUUUAGCUACCCGCCCUAGACUACAAAGUAAUCCUCACGGAGGAAACUCACUUUGUUCGGAGCGGGGACGGACCCGGCCGGUUUUGCCGGUUGGUGGUGGUUGAUGUUUUCCAACCGGCCGCGCGGUGUUGUGCGCUAAAACAAAAAGAUGGAUGACGGAUCGUUCACCGUCGACUUUGCUGCGGUUGUUAUUGUACGACGGCGGUGUUGAUUGAGUGCGAAAUUUCGCUUGUUGCGCGAGAAGAGCGCCCGUGUCGUGGUCGUGGUCGUGGUCGUGGGUUUCAAAUCUAAAACAGAAAAACGGCGUGCAUUCCGGAAAGUGUGUGAAAGUUGCGUGCUACCUUGACCCCGCCAGUGUUCUGAACCGCAGGCGGCGGUCGUUGUCUGUGUGCUGCUGUUGUGGUCCCUGCGAAAGUGGAACCAGAACGGGUGGUUCAAAAUUUUGAAGUUCAAAAAAACUCGUUACAAAAUGGCAGAGAAUGCCGCCAAAAGUGGUGCUAUCGGAGGUGCAGCAGGAGCCGGAAGCGGGUCCGGGGAUGAUCCACCGCGGCGAAACAUGAACGGGAACCGGUCGGGUCGGUUCUCCGCCGAAGGCAAUGCCAUCGGCAAGAAGGGCCUGUCCGUGCACAAAAAGAGCCUGGAUUCGUCGUCGGGCGAUGACGAAGCGAAGCUGCUUUUGCAACAGCAACAACACCAGCAGCAGCAGCAGCAUCAUCAGCAUCAACAGGUCCACCAUAAAGUGCCGCAGGUAGUGAAAGGGUUGGGUGUGACGGAUAUAGGAGUUGACAGUGGCGGAGGGAGCGGUGUCCAGCCGGAGGGUGAGAAUGGUGAUUUGAAGGGUCAGCAGGAUGGUCCGGCAGGAGUUUCCGUUAUCGAUUUGGCAGACGGUGGAUUACAGUUGCACAAAUCAAACAAAAGCAAAAGCAAGAAUGUGUUCAAAUCCACUUACAACAGCGUACUGACGACGUUCGAGGUUUCGAAGAAAUCGGAACGGCCGUUUAUUUCGCUCAUCCUGGUGAUCCUGCUGCUGCUGCUGACCGUCAUUCUGUUGGCUAUUUUCUGGCCUCGGUUGCCCAGCUAUCUGACGAAGGAAGUUUGCCUGGAAGCGGAAUGUUUGGAAGCCAGCAAACAGCUGCUGUCGUGGGCCAAACCGGACGAAGACGUUUGCCGCUCACCGUUCGAGUGGGCCUGCGGGCGAUUCGAGGAAAAAUAUGCCGCCCACAGUUUCUACGGGGUCAACAAGGGGGAGUGGAACUUCGACGCACACCAAGACUACGAAGAUACUGCCGCAGCCUACGAGUUCAUCUCGAAGCUGCCCUCGGUGGCUAUGUCCUACUCGACGCAGUCCAUGAUCCGGAAGCUGCACUCGACCUGCACCACGGUGGAAACGGUCAGCAACAGCGAAGCCAUCACUUCGCUGAAGCGGGCAUUGAACCAUCUCGGUGGCUGGCGGAUGCUACACGGGAACAACAACCCGCACUGGGACCUGCGUGAGAACCUGCAGAAGGUACAGCCCAAGUACGGGGCGGCUCCGUUCUUCAAGCUCGGCAUCGACAGUCGCAAUGCGGCUCCCUACGACUAUAUCAUUACGGUCAGCGAAGGCGAUCUGGGUCUGCCGAGCAAGGAGUUCUACACCCUGGACGAGCGACAUCCGAUUAUCCACGCGUACCACACCUACCUGCGGGAUAUCCUGUACCAUAUGGUGUCAUCGUCUACCAUCAAAUCGCAGGAGUACGCCAAGAUGAUCUUCAACUACGAGCGUCGCAUCGCGCUGGAUGUGAUGAGUGUUCUGCGCGAAGCGAGCGGCAAUGCGUCGCGACCGCAGAUACGUACCAUUCAGCAGCUCUCCGAUGAAGCUCCUUCGUUACCGAUCCUGCAGACGGCGCAGGCCAUGUUCAAGAAGAAGAUCACCGAGAACACGCAGGUCCUGGUGAAGAGCCCGGUCGUGCUGAAGAUGAUCUCGCAGAUCAUCACCACGACCGACAAGGAAAUCCUGAACAACUUCGUCAUGUGGUCCGUCAUACGGCACUUUGUGCCGUACAUGUCGCGCGACUUCCGCUACUCGAUGCAGGAAUUCGAGAAGUCCCUGUACGGUGUCCAGUCGAAGGAACCGAUGUGGCACUUUUGCACCAAAGUGGUGCAACAGUGGAUGCCGUAUGGGUUGGAAGCGUUGCGGGAAAAUUCGAAGCUAGUUCUGCACGAGCAACCGGAUAGGCAUUAUGCGGAGUCCCACGCGGCGGCAGCACCGAAUGUGGAUCCGUAUCGUAGUUCGCAGUUGGUGACGGACAGUAGCCAUCAGAUUCGGUACGAUGACGAGCUGGUGAAGAUGAUGUUCUAUCACAUUCGGGAUGAGUAUAAGGCGGCCAUCAUUAAUACCAAUUGGGUGAACGAGAAGUUGACCAAGUUUGUGACGGAUAAGCUGUCGAUGAUGCGGGUUCAGAUUGGCAUUCCGGAGGAGCUGUUGAAGAGUGAGAAGGUGGUUAACGAUUACUACAAUGAACUGAUACUGGACGAGCUGGUGUUUGUGGAUGGCGUCAUAAGUCAGUGGGGUUUUGCGAAACUGGCGAUGGAUCGAAUGCUGGGUAAUUUGACGGAGGGUGAGCGCAUUGUUUCGGAGCUGUUUCCUCCGGUUUCGUUUGGAGUGCGGCGCGAUCCGGUGGCACAUAUGAAAUAUUCGAUCGGAUUAAAUAUGUUGAUUAUUUCGCGGGAGAAAACUCGGGAACCAUACUUCCACCACAAGUAUCCACUAGCUAUAAAUUUUGGCCGUUUGGGAGGGGACAUUUCCCUGGUGAUCCAUGAUGCCAUCAACACGCUAACGGAACAGUUUCGGAACACCGAAACCGAUCAACCCAAGCACAUUCUUGAGAAUGUGUUCGACGAGGAAGCUCAGAAGUGUAUUCCGAAGGUCCUACCGCCUUCAUUCAACCCAACGCGAAUCUCAAACGACAGCAAAUUGCACCUCUACCUGGAACUAUCGGCCAGCAGCUUGCUGACGCAAGCGUUCGGGACGCUGCUGGACAAAAUCAACCGAAACGAGCGGAUAUUCGAGAGUGCAAUUUCGGAGAAAACCACCUACGACGUGCUGGGACUGCGGCACUGGCGUCGUCAGGCCGGUCUACGACGGUACGAUCAGCAGCAGCUUUUCGCGCUGGCCCAGCUGCAGCGGCACUGUGCCGUGCCGGACAGCGGCGCCGUGCGACUCAGCAAGCUGCUAGCCAACAGUAACAUUCCUGAGGUGGAGAAAUUCAAUCUCUUCUGGCGCCAAGUGCCGCCCCUGGCUGCUACCCUCGAUUGCACCAGUAGCAGCAGCAGCAGCAGCAGUAUUGGCGGUGGCGAUGGCUAUGAAAAUAGCCACUGCAGCCGUGUUCUUUGAUUAGUCCAACGCCCACCGCAGUCAGCCGCCGCAGCAGCCGGGAUCGAAUCGGUCAACGCCGGCUCUGGCAACGCCAAACGUGGUACCACCAAUCGUAAGCGCAAAAAAACUCCGCUCACGUAUUCCUAUUACGAUCCGGCCUUUACGUAUCCAUACUACAGCAGCAGCGGUGGUGGUGGUGGUGGCGGCGGAGAACAGCAGUUUCCACCGGUUCCGUUCUAUACCAGUGGCGGCGGAAGUGGCACGAUUCGGAUGUAUCCGCCCGUAGGAGGCGUAGGAGAAGCCUAUGGACCAGGAGCUACUAGCAGCAGCAGUAGCAGUAGUAGCAACAGCAACAGCGGUGAUAUCGUUUAUCCUAGGAUUGAUGUUAAUAGUAUAUUCUUCUGAGUCUGAGGAAAUGUUCGGUGAACGGAACGAGAGCGAUGUGUGACAAAGAGAGAGAGAGAAAGAGGAAGGACAGCUGUGUCAGUGUGUGAACAGAGGAACAACAAACUAUUUUCUUAAAAGCUAGCUUCUACCUGACACCGAACGGAACAAAGGAACGAGUCUCAAUUUUAAUUCGAACGCCAUUUGAGUAAGUACUGAUCUGAAAAUUUCUACGAAUUUUAAUUUCCUUCGACCGGUUCGUAUCCAAUUUACGACAUUAAUUAGGUACCUUACCUACUUCUUAUUAUAUUGCCCAUAUUUUAUUUGGAGCUUGUAAAAAAUCGAAAUAAAUUUAAUUACCCCUAAACAACAGCCUCCUAGCACCGGAAGCGAGAGAGAGGGAAAGAGGAGAAAGUUUUCUGAACACAAUCAUAGGUUUAAGUGCUCUAAUUAUUAUACCCCAGACGACACAAAAAAAAAACAGAAAGCAAAAACAAAACAAUGUUAGAGGCCAACAAAGUCCAACAAAUAUGUGAUUUCAGUUCACUGCAAAUUGAAAAUAUUUAUCGUUAAGGAUGUGCGAAUAUUUAUAUACCAUAAAACUAGCAAAGAAGAACACAAAAAAAACAGAGUAAGAAAUUGCAGAAAGCCGCAAACUGGACUGCGGAGUUGUAUGCUACGGCCUGCGGCCGUUAUCGAAAUUGUUUUUUCUACGUGUUGCGGGAAAAAGAAGUUCAAGUUUGCCGAAUGAAAUACACGUUAACUAUUAUGUCUAUGAGAGGAGGUAGAGAUCUCUCGUUCGAUGAUCGACGGCGAUAUUGUCGAAAGCAAAAAAAAAACACAAAAGAUGAAUCUGUUAACCUGCUCUCCUGAGCUCGGUUUGUAAGCCGUGACAGUUAAGAAGCUCUUUGAGAAUUAAAAACAUAAAGAGAGGAAAUAAAUCAAACAAUAAUUGAUGUUUUUGGCGCGGAAGCCCACGGAUGCUCCACCUAAAACACGAACGAUUCUUGCAUGCGUAAUCGUGCGAAAUUUAAUGCAUACGCGACAAAUGAUAAUAAAU